AUGAUUGAAUCAGUUCUAGUGUGGAACAUCCAUGGCUUACGUACGUCACGGAUACGCUUGAAACAGUUAGUGAAUAAAUGGAAGGUUCAUAUUGUUGUUAUUCUAGAACCAUUUGCAAGGGAGGACAAGUUACCAGGUCUUGCAAUUUAUCUUGGCUUCCAAUCUUAUUGUUCCAAUGAGGUGGUAGGAAAGAAGGUGUGGCUUCUGUGGCAGGAUGUGUUUGAGGUAGAUAUUAUUGAUAUGUCGGAUCAGUUUUUGACAAGCUGCUUUCGGGUUGCAGAUCAGAAGCUGGUUUUAACAUUUGUUUACGCUAAAUGUACCUAUCAAGAGAGGAAGGACCUUUGGCAGGCGCUGGAGUGUCAUGACGGUGACCUUCCGUGGUUGGUGGCAGGUGAUUUCAAUAUUAUAUGCAAUGACGGUGAGCUGAUCGGGGGUAACCCGAGAGCACUAGUGGCGAUGGAGGAAUUUAAUCAAAGCUUGAAUUCGUGUGGAUUUCUAGAGUUGCCGGUGAAGGGCCGCAGGCUAUCUUGGUGCAAUGGACAGUCUGGAUGUGCACGUAGCUGGGCUCAUUUGGACCAUGUGGUGAUGAACACCAGGUUUUUGCGUGGCUAUCCUUCAGUUUCCAUGGAGUAUGUUAAUUGGAAGAUAUCAGACCAUUGUCCUAUGAUUAUAAGGGGAUCAAUGAUGGAGGAUAGAUACGGUCUAGUGCCGUUCAAAUUUCAAAACAUGUGGACUAUUCAUGCUUCUUUUCAAGAGUGUGUUGCUGCGGUUUGGAGGGAGCCUGUGGAGGGAAAUGGGCUGUAA